GCGCACGCGCACGCGCACCGCAAGACGCCAGUCGGUGUCGAGAGGCGCCCCGCACCUAGCUGGCGGCUCGGGCCAUCCAUUCCCGGCAAGGCGGCAACCCUUCCUCCCCCAACUUCGCCGCCACCCGCCAGGCGCCGGAGCGUUCCUGCUCGGCAGCCUCAGCUCCUCGCUCCCGCGCGCUCCUCCUCGGGCUCCGGUGAUGUCCGGUGGUAACGGGUGGUCGCCGCUCUCUUCGCACGGAUUUGGAUCGGAUUCCAGCGGCAUGGCGAGCCGCGCCGGCGAGCCUGUGUCGAGGAUCAACAGCGCCGGCGGAGGCAGCGGCAGCAAGGACUCGGGCAGCUUCGAGUGCAACAUCUGCCUGGACCUGGCGCAGGACCCCGUGGUCACCCUCUGCGGCCACCUCUUCUGCUGGCCCUGCCUCUACGAGUGGCUCCACGUCCACGCGCACUCCCAGGAGUGCCCCGUCUGCAAGGCCGUCGUCGAGGAGGGGAAGCUCGUCCCCCUCUACGGCCGUGGUGGCACCUCCUCCGCUCCACGGGCGAGGUCCGUGGCCGGCGUGCAGAUCCCCAGCAGGCCGACCGGGCAGCGGCCGUCCACGGCGCCGCAGCCUGACCACAAUAACCAUUACCCGCGCCAGAACCCAUGGUUCAUGGGUGCUGGCAACGCCCCUGUUGCUGGUGGCCGGUGGGGAAAUUACACUUUCUCGGCCGCCAUUGGAGGGCUGUUUCCUUUGCUGAGCUUCCAGGUGCACGGGUUCCCGCAGGCCACCGCCUUUGGGCCUACUGCAGGGUUUCCUUAUGGCUAUGGCCAUUCUUUCCAUGGGUGGCAUGGGUACGGCUUCCCACGACAGGCGCCACAAGGCCAGCAGGUUGAUGUGUUCUUGAAGGUGCUGCUUCUGGUAGUUGGUGUGCUUGUAAUUGCCAGCCUGAUUGCGUUUUAGAGCAUGCAUGGCUGGAGAUACGUCUCAUCCUUGUCGGUGUGCAUGUUAGUUCUAGCAGGAUUGCAUCAUAGAUAGCUCCCAUGGUUUGAUGUCAGCGUGGAUUGAAGAAGUAGAAUGAUGUAUCCGCUGGUAAUUGUACUUGUGAUAAUCGGUGGCACUCUGGCAGCUAGUAUUGUGUAAAGUUGCCAUCGAGUUUAUAGGUGCAUUUGUUGUGCUCUUCCCUUGAAGUUUGACCAUGUUCAUAUUUCUUCAAUGAAGUUUGCAAAUUAUUUAUACUA